GAGAGAUGCCUCCUCCACCACAACCCUCCAUCACCAAUGAGGCAAUGCAAUGGUAUGCUUCCGUACCACCAGUCACAAAGGCACUCCUUACUCUCUCCAUCGUCCUCACCGUUGCACCUGCUCUGUCUCUUUUCAACAUCUCAUAUCUCAUUCUCUAUUGGCAUGGUGUGGCAAAGUUACAGCUCUGGCGACUGGUAACUGCAUUCUUUGUGAAUCGUGUCAAUAUCUCGUUUGCAAUGAACAUCUUUUUUCUCUAUCGCUAUUCAAACGAUCUCGAGACUCAAGUAUUCAUGGGACGUACAGCCGAUUACGUUUACUUUCAUUUUAUCGUCGGAUUCAUCCAAUUGAUUGCCGCAUACUUCCUCGAACUCUUUGUUCUCAGCGACGGUCUUUUGUUGGCCGUGGCCUAUCUGUGGUCCCAACACAACAAGGAAACCAUGAUGACAUUUAUGUUUGGCCUCAGAUUCAAAGCAUUGUACUUACCUUGGGUACUGGUGGCCUAUGACUUGUUGUCCAGUGGUGCUGUACCCUGGGCAUCGUUGGCAGGUAUUGGUGCCAGCCAUGCUUACUACUACCUUUCUGGCUCUCCAACUGGUGGUAGUAGUCAGGGAGGCAGGAAUUAUUUGAGCACACCUGGAUGGCUUCAACGUAUAUUCCCAGGCGUCAAUAGGGGAACUCGCGGAUUUGCUACUGGUUCCAUGGGUGGUAUUCACACACCUGGUCAGCAAAGACAGCAGCAGCAACAGCAACAGCAACAAUCAUCAAUUUUUGGAAACAGCUGGGGAAGAGGACAGCGUUUGGGCUCUUAACCUGAAAAAGAAAAGAAAAAAGCACACGCACACAGAACAAGCAUAAACAUAUACACAAACAUAUACAUAUAUACACUCCUACAAAUAAAUGUUUGGACCUCUGAUAAUAAGGAGAUCAUGC